CUCAUCUUUCCGUCGUUAAGUUCUCUCAUAAACAUCGAGCAAUGGUCCGUGGAACAGGUCUGCACUACUACCUUUGCAAUCGAUGAACCUUCUUUAUUCACGAUUUUCGCGAUCUCUCGUCAUCCGUAUUUCAAAGGCAAGUUCAAGACGAAGCGUGGCGGUGGACGUCAGUUCAGUAAAAAUAUGGUUCUUGAUGAAAACGGCACUGCCGUAUCGACAGACAAGAGAUGGCGCAAGGACGCUGAUGGUUCAGGAUCUGACGAGGAAGAAGAAGAAGAAGAGUCUGAAGAAGAAUCUGAAGAGGAGGAGGAGGAAGCGGAAGAGGCUGAUAAAUCUGAGCUUUCUCGUGCUGAACGUAAAGAGCUCAAAAAGAAACAAGCUGCAGAAAAGAUGAAGCAGAAGCAAAAACAAGCUGGCGGUGGAGGUGAUGAUGACUCGGAUGAUGACUCUGACCUCAUUAAUCCGAAUCACGUCAAGAGCAAGAUGAAUAUUUCGGAUCUUAGUGCUCCACGAGAACUCAGUCGGAAAGAGCGAGAGGCGAAAGAGAAGAAGGAAGCCCAGGACAAAUAUUGGAAGUUACAUGUCGCAGGAAAGACUGACCAGGCGAAAGCUGACCUUUCACGUCUAGCCAAAAUCCGGGCAGAUCGUGAGGCUGCUGCCGAAAAGAGGAAAGCAGAAGCAGAAGCCAAGAAAUCUGAACUCGAAGCCAAACAGAAAGCUUCCAGGUAGGAAUUGGGUCCACGAAACGGAGUACCCAAUAGCACCAGACUAUGAACCUAUCUGAUUGUAGCUGUAUGUAACCUCAAGGAACAAAUCUACCUCUGUAUAUCAUAUUCGUGGCAGUCUUUCAUGGUUCGGCUGUUCCAAUCAUAGUCACACACUUUGAAAGUACUUGAGUGGAUCUUUUUUCCAUCCGUAUUUCAAUGCUUCCUAGGAAACGAGCCACUGCCUGAUCUGACUGUCGCCACUGCAUUACUCUCUUGACUGGUUGAGUCAAUCAAG